AUGCUGUAUUUGCAGCACAGCACAUUUUGGCUUUUGGCGGGCACAUGUCUCUUUUUAACUGCGUAUUCUGUGCACUUCCUCAAAGAAAACAUUAAUUGGAUAUGGACAGACAACAAGCAUUAUGUACUGGGAUAUUUCAUAACAGUUGGAUUUCUGAGCUUUGUAUCCUGCUAUAGACAUGGGCCCUUGAGCAGUGAACGGAGUAUCACCUUAUUCACCUGGACACUGCAGAUGAUAGCCUGCUUCUUAAUUUACUUUGGUCUCACCGUCUCUGAGAUUGCCCUUACAAUCAUAGCUGGGCUUGCUUCUUGUAAGGGUCUCUACUAUUCCUUUAAAAGUUCAACUUAUAUGCUUGCUUCCUUUGAUAGACUAAUAACACGUAAGAAGCCUGUCGCAAAAUUGCUCACAGAAGAGGAAUACAGGGAACAAGCUGAAACAGAGACUGUAAAGGCUUUAGAGGAACUUCGUGAUUUUUGCAACAGUCCUAACUUCAACUCUUGGCUUGUGGUUUCUAGACUUUCGUCACCCCAAACGUUUGCACAGUUUAUCUUGGGCUCCAAUCAUGUUUCCUUAGAAGAGGCAAGUACACAUGAAGAGCAGUAUGGACUUGGAAGCGCCUUCCUGGAGGAGCAACUUUUCACGCAAGACCAAGAAUCACAGCAUUCCCAACAGAUGGAGAUAGAUCCUCAAGAAAAUGAACAUGCCGAGGACUAUCCAAAUGCCUUUGAUCUAUCGGACAGUGAAACAAGCGUUCUGCUUCACUAG